CACACCACUCGUUACUGUACCUACUACUACUCCGAGUAUGUAUGUACGAACGCUCACUGGAUGCAUAAUAAUGGAUAGCACCAUAGAUAUUGCUGAACUGUUCAGUUCUAUGCCACUUGCCAAUCACCUCCAAAAUGCCUCACACUUUCUGCAGCUUCCGCCCCUCCCCCCCCCCCCAGUCCGGGGUCAAAAUGGCCCCUCUACAAGUACUCCGUACACUAACGGACAGUGGCAGCGUCGCAGCCUGCCAUUCGGGACACAGCUAAUUGCACGGAAGACAUGGAUCACCACCCUGUCUGUUCCGAUAGAAAUAAUAAUACAUGGCCAUUAUACUUCUUGGUGCGAUGUAUUGGGCAUACACCUCAGCGAUGCAUGUGUUGUUGCCCAAGUCCCGGCCAACCGAAUGGGCCAGGAUUGGGUCCAGAUUUAUCGUUCUUAUGUGGUAUCUGGAGUCUUACUCCGCUGUGAGGCAAUUCCCGGUAGAUGGUGUCGUUUUCGUAUACAGCAUAUACAAAAAUGCCACUGUAGCAGUCACUAAAAUAGAAUUAAAAAAAAAAGCAACCACGAAUCCAUCAGGCUAUUGAACUGUGAACCGGAAAUCCGUGCC